UGGUGCCUCACUGCAACAGUGGAAUGAGAGUGGAUAUGUCUUUGUGCUAUCUCUUCUACAGCACUGCAAUCAACCUACUGUCAGAGAGGAGUUUCAGAUGCAGUCUUACCCCAGAUGUUACCACCGUUGAAUGCUCAUGAAUUGCAGAUAGUCUAAGCAGUUGAGAAAAUGUCAGAUACAAUACUUGAAGACAUUUUCAUAAAACGAUCCCAGCAGAAGAAGAAAACAUCACCCCUAAACUUCAAGGAGAGGUUGUUUGUUCUGACGCAGGAAAAGAUCUCCUACUAUGAAUAUGAUGUAGAGAAGAGGAAAAAGAAGUGCCUGAAAGGGACAGUGGAUGUGGAUAAGAUCAAAUGUGUGGAGACAGUGUUUCCAGAGCAGAGUGCACCCAUUGAGCGUCAGUUCCCUUUCCAGAUUAUCUAUGAUGAAGGACCACUCUACAUCUUUGCGAAGAGCGAUGAGAUCAGGAAACGCUGGAUACACAAGCUGAAACAAGUGGUACAGUUCAACAAGGACUUGGCACAAAAGUAUCACCCAUCCUUCUGGAUGGAGGGAAUGUGGCAGUGCUGCAUGCAGGAGGUCAAGCAAGCUAUGGGCUGCCAAGUGCUGGACACCAAGAAUAGGGGAUUCUUCAGUAAUGCAUCGCGACGAAAAUCCAGGAAACCCCUACCUCCAACCCCACAAGAGGAGACAAGUCCUCAGUCAUUUCCUCCUCAGCCCCCACUCCAGCCACGGACUAGCUCAUGCAAAGGAUUUGCAGUGACAGCAGAGUAUGACUUUGCACCCAUGAGUAAUCAGGAGCUGGAACUCCAGAAGGGGGAAGAAUACACAGUCCUCGAAAUGUCAGAAACAAACUGGUGGAGAGCCAGGGACAAAUAUGGCAAAGAGGGCUACAUUCCAAGUAAUUAUGUCACCAAGGCUGGAAACGGGCUUGAGACGUAUGACUGGUAUUGCAAGAACAUGAACCGCAGUCAGGCAGAGAACUUGUUAAAGCUAGAGAACAAAGAUGGUGGGUUUUUGGUACGAGACUCAAGCAAAGCUGGGAAGUACACUGUGUCAGUUUUCACCAGGAUUGGAGGGGAAACAGUGGGUAGCUGCAAGCACUACAACAUCUGCAUCAAACCACAGGGUCUUUUCUACCUGGCAGAGAAACACAGCUUUAACAGCAUUCCUGAACUAAUACACUACCACCAGCACAAUUCUGCAGGUAUGGUGAGCAGACUGAAGUAUGUUGUUUCAAACAAAGCCAAAAAUGCACCCUCCACUGCUGGCUUAGGAUAUGGUGUCUGGGAAAUUGACCCUCGCCACCUAACCUUCAUCAAGGAGCUGGGCAAUGGGCAGUUUGGCGUGGUGAAGUAUGGGAGGUGGCAAAAGCAUCAUGAUGUGGCCAUCAAAAUGAUCAAAGAAGGCUCAAUGUCAGAGGAUGACUUCAUCGCCGAAGCCAAAGUCAUGAUGAAGCUCCGUCAUGAAAAUCUGGUUCAACUUUACGGUGUCUGCACCAAACAAAGGCCCAUCUACAUUGUGACAGAGUUCCUUCCCAAAGGAUGCCUUCUUGACUACCUACGGGAUUCUCAUAAGAAGCCAACUUCUAUUCAGCUCCUGGAGAUGUGCAAGGAUGUGAGCGAGGGCAUGGCCUACCUGGAAUCCCAACGCUACAUCCACAGAGACCUUGCUGCCAGGAACUGCUUGGUAGAUUCCAAUGGGACCAUUAAAGUCACUGACUUUGGACUGUCAAGGUAUGUUUUGGAUGAUGAGUAUACCAGCUCUGCAGGCUCAAAGUUUCCUGUGCGCUGGGCUCCUCCAGAGGUCCUGCUCUACUCCAAGUUCAGCAGCAAGUCCGACAUCUGGGCCUUCGGGGUCCUGAUGUGGGAAGUCUACACCCUUGGCAAGACGCCCUAUGAGCUCUUAAAUAACACAGACAUAGCGCAGAAGGUGCCAGCUGGCCUGCGUCUCUAUCGCCCUCAGUUGGCCAAUGACAGAAUUUAUGGUAUUAUGACAAUCUGCUGGUAUGAGAAACCAGAAGAACGUCCAACAUUUCAGGACCUUGUGACAACUGUUGAAGAUCUACUGUAUGAGCUUCAGUAAGUGGGAGUCUAAAAGAAGGAUCUGGAAUGUUCAUAAAGUGUUCCCUGCAUUACCUCAAAGAAACGUUUAACUUGGGCCUCACUGCCUUGGUGGACACCAGUCCAGUCACCUUUUACAGUUGCAGAUAAUACAGUCUAGCAUGCUAGACUUCUGUUCACACAAGUGAUCUCAAGCCAGAGAUCUUUAAGGACCCAAACAAUAUGAACUGUGGAACAAUGCUGUUUUUAUUUAGAUUUGCUCACGCUUGAAAGUCUCAGGAAUUAUUUCAUGUAUGCCUCUGUGUAUUUUCAAAUGGCAUCCACAGAGUAUGUUUGUUGAUGGUAAAAGUCAUACAAGUGAACAAAUUGAAAUCAGCACUGCUUUCACACAGAGCCUUUGUUAGUUUUAUAGUGUUAUUAAAUCAUUCAAAAUCAUUAUCUGCAUUGGAACCCACAUUUUUGUGUGUAUGUCUGUAUGUUGUUCUUCUUCUUAAAACAAUGCUAUGUUGGGGUUAUGUGCAUUUUCAGUUAUAAUUUCAGAGAAAAUAAAAAUCCAAUGUUAACAA